AUGCCUACACCAGAUGGAGUGCAAGCCGUUCAGCGACUACUGGGUUUUGUCAAUUAUUUGGCAAAGUUUUUACCGCACUUAUCAGAACUAAGCGAGCCUUUACGACGCCUUAUAGAUAAAGGUGCUAUUUGGUUGUGGCAAACACAGCAUGAAAGAGCUGUCGAGAUGAUCAAGCAAUUAGUAACCAACCAUCCAGUCCUGAGGUACGAUGUAAACGAGCCUGUAAAGAUACAGUGUGAUGCGAGUGAAGUCGGUUUGGGAGCAACGCUUUUGCAGAAAGGGCAACCUGUGGCCUAUGCCUCAAGGUCGCUGACAACAACGGAACGCAGAUAUGCACAGAUCGAAAAAGAAUGUCUUGCCAUUUUUUUUGCCUGUGAACGUUUCGAUUUGUAUAUCUAUGGAAGAGAAAGAGUAGUUGUCGAAUCAGAUCAUAAGCCACUCGAGGUAAUUUUCAAGAAGUCCUUACUAACCGCCCCUCGACGUCUUUAGAGAAUGUUGCUGAAGCUGCAGAAAUACAGCUUAGAUGUAAGUUACAAGAGAGGAAAGGAAAUGUAUCUGGCCGAUACACUCUCACGAGUCUCAUCAUCCGAAACUGGUAGCGGCAGCAGCAAGAUGAAAACAGAGCAGAUUUUCCACAUCAGCCAACAGACCAAAGUGGAGAAAGAAGUGGAAAGUGUGAAUCAUACGCCAUUCCUGAACGUAACAGCAGAUAGACUUAAACAAAUACAGCAGCAUACAGCGCAAGAUAUGGUCCUACAAGUAUUAAAGACCAAUAUUCUCUCUGGCUGGCCUGAGACACGACAAGAAGUGCCCAUAGUGAUCAGAGGAAAUGACGGUUCAGAAUGGUAUAUUAUCUUUAAGAGAGAAAGAAUCGUCAUUCCUAAGUCGAUGUGA